CUUUUGGCCACAUUGUCACGCUUAAAGACUGCAGCGCAUACAUAAUACUUUACAAGCCUUCCCUGCGCCCGUCAUAUCUGACCACGCUCUAAGUGUCAAACUAGCCGAUCCUACCCCUACCGAUAACGCAGCCGACGCCGGUACAAAUACUCUUACACUUUUCCUUUUAUAGCGAGAGCGACUCGUGUCCAGAUCGCAGCGCGUCUCUGUGUCUGCUCCAACGUUUGAACCCCUCCACCACUGCUCUCGAGCACCAUGGCGCAACUCGACACGCUCGACAUUGUCGUGCUGGCAGCACUGCUGCUCGGCACCGUCGCCUACUUUACCAAAGGGACCUACUGGGCUGUCUCCGCCGACCCCUACGGCAGUUCGCUGGCGGGCGCCAAUGGCGCUGCAAAGGGGGACAAGUCUCGCAAUAUCAUCGAGAAGUUGGACGAGUCAGACAAGAACUGCGUCGUCUUCUACGGUAGCCAGACUGGUACCGCCGAGGACUACGCAUCCCGUCUUGCCAAAGAGGGGCACUCCCGCUUCGGUCUCCAGACAAUGGUAGCAGACUUAGAAGAAUACGACUUCGACAACCUGGACACUUUCCCUGACGACAAGCUCGCUGUCUUCGUCCUUGCCACCUAUGGCGAGGGCGAGCCCACGGACAAUGCUGUCGAGUUCUACGAGUUCAUCGGCUCUGAAGACAUCAGCUUCAGCGAGGGCGGCGGUGCUGAUGAUAAGCCUCUGGCUAAGCUGAAGUAUGUCGCUUUUGGUCUUGGAAACAACACAUAUGAGCACUACAACUCAAUGGUCCGCAACGUCGACAAGUACCUCACCAAGCUUGGCGCGACUCGCUUUGGCGCUGCUGGCGAGGGUGACGAUGGUGCUGGUACAAUGGAAGAGGAUUUCCUCGCGUGGAAGGAGCCUAUGUGGGCUGCCGUCGCCGAGAAGAUGGGCCUCGAGGAGCGCGAAGCCGCCUACCAUCCUGUCUUUGAGGUCAUUGAGAGGGAUGAUCUCUCACCCGAGGACGACACCGUCUAUCUCGGCGAGCCCAACAAAAACCACCUCGAGGGCAAGCAGACGGGCCCAUUCAAUGCCAACAACCCGUUCAUCGCCCCCAUUGUCGAGUCCUCUGAGAUCUUUACCGCGAAAGACCGAAACUGCCUACACAUGGAGAUCAGCAUUGCCGGCUCCAACCUGUCGUACACCACCGGUGACCACAUUGCGGUCUGGCCUAACAACUCUGGCAAGGAAGUCGACCGUAUUUUCAAGGUCCUCGGCAAGGAGCACAAGCGUCAUACUGUCAUUGCGGUCAAGGGUCUCGACUCUACCGCGAAGGUACCCUUCCCAUCGCCUACCACUUACGAUGCCGUUGCCCGCUUUCACAUCGAGAUUGGUGCGGCUGUCUCUCGUCAACUCGUUUCCGGUCUCGCUCAGUUCGCCCCCAACGAUGACAUCAAGGCCGAAAUGACCAAGCUCGGUAGCGACAAGGACUACUUCAAACAGAAGGUCACCAACCGUCAUCUGAACUUGGCUCAAUUGCUCGAAAUUGAAGGCAAGGGCCAGGUGUGGACCAAGAUCCCCUUCUCCUUCCUUAUUGAAGGCCUUGUUAAGCUUCAGCCCCGUUACUACUCCAUAUCGUCUUCCUCACUGGUACAGAAGGACAAGAUCUCAAUCACAGCAGUCGUCGAGUCAGUCCAGAAGGCCGACUCGCCGCAUGUUCUGAAGGGCGUCACUACAAAUUACCUGUUGGCUCUCAAGCAGAAGCAACACGGCGACCCUUCGCCAGAUCCGCAUGGCUUGAACUAUGCAAUCACUGGUCCUCGCAACAAGUACGACGGCAUCCAUGUGCCCGUCCACGUACGUCACUCAAACUUCAAGCUCCCUUCAGACCCCUCAAAGCCCAUCAUUAUGGUUGGUCCCGGUACCGGAGUUGCUCCUUUCCGUGGUUUCGUCCAGGAGAGGGCUGCGCAAGCCAAGGCUGGCCAGAAAGUUGGCAAGACCGUGCUAUUCUUUGGUUGCAGAAAGAGAUCGGAGGACUUCUUGUACGAGAAAGAGUGGGAGCAAUACAAGGAAGCCCUUGGCGACAACUUUGACCUCCACACCGCGUUCUCACGAGACGGCCCCAAGAAGGUCUACGUUCAGCAUCAUAUAGAGGAGCACGGUGAGGAGAUCAACAAGUUACUGGAGCAGAAGGCAUACUUCUACGUCUGCGGUGACGCCGCGUACAUGGCUCGCGAGGUCAACCAGCUCCUCGGUAAGAUUAUUGCCAAGUAUAGAAACGUGUCCGAGAAAAAGGGUGAGGAGAUUGUCAAGGCCAUGAGAGCAUCGAAUCAGUACCAAGAGGAUGUCUGGUCGUGAUCCACUCAUAGUGCAUAGCGAAGCAUUUCCAUGGUUAGAUUGGAGCGAUCGGCGUUGGGCAUGUGUAUGUUGGGCUGCGCAAUUGCGCACUGAGCCACCACUGGGUUCGACUUUGGCUAUGUAGCAUAGCGGUCUGUCAGUACUACACUCUGCACCUAGAUUUGAAUUGUAGAUAGCGUAGAGCUUGGUUGAAUCAUAUGGCAAUGAUUUAAGUCUGGUUCGGAACGCCUGCUUGUGACGCUGUGAGCCCUGUAAUGCUAGUUGAGACUGCCCCAAC